AUGGUAUUCCAUUCGAGGUCGGCGAAGACGUCGAAAAAGAAAAUUGAUCUCGCAAAGUUCAAACCCUAUCUUCUAAACGCGGGUAUCGUCUUAUUUGUCGGAAUAUAUGUCUAUGCAGGAGCACUUCUCAUCCAAUACAUUGAACGGAUUCCUGUCAAGGUAGAAGAAUCGUUCAGACUUCGACGGAAUAGCAAAGAUGACAUGCCAAUCAUUCCUUUGGAUCGUUCGAAGGAAUGUGUUCUCCAUACACUUCGGAAAAUGGCCCAUUUGUCAAAAGGAAAUUGCUCACAUCUUCAUACAAAUGUGAAUCUUCUAGAUGAAUGUUAUUCAUCUGAUCUCCGAAAACUGAAAGCAAUAUACGAUAGUCCGAGUCCAGAAGGGUCAACGGAGCUGGAACAAGAGCCAAAGUCGGCGGUCGCUUUGAAGAAGUUUGAGGUCAUUGAUGGUUUUGAGCAAUGGACGAAAACAGAUGCUAUCUUGUUUUGUUUUACAGUCAUUACUACUAUUGGUUACGGUAAUGUGGCUCCUCAGUCUUUCUGGGGUCGUGUAUUCGUCAUUAUCUAUGGUACAAUCGGAAUCCCAACUGCUAUGAUGGCAAUCGCCAAUGUUGGAAAGUUUUUGGCAACACUUCUGAAGUCAUGGACCCGACCCUUCCUUCUUUUAUGUCGAAGAAUGAAGAAAAAGAUGAAUAAAAAAGAUCAAAAUGGGAAUGAAGUUAAAGAAACACAGAGAUUAAUGGAGAGUUCGAAGAAAAAAGCAAAGAAGAUUGAAGAUGAUAUUUCAUCGCAUGAUGACGAAGAGCCAGAAGAGGAAGUGGAAGAAAGCGAUGUGACGGAAACUGUCGUAUUGUUCCUCGCAUUCCUCAUUUAUAUCAUUGCUGGAUCACUUUUGAUGAGUUAUUACGAAGAAGGAAUGACUUUUGGUCUGGCUAUCUACUUCAAUUUUGUCACAUUAACAACCAUUGGUCUGGGAGAUUUGGUACCACAGUCGACAGAUUGGCUGUUUGUAACACUCGUGUACUGUGCAAUUGGAUUGGCUCUCACUACAAUUGCCAUCGAAAUUGCUGCCGAUACACUGAAAAAGUUGCAUUACUUCGGAAGGAAGUUGGACAAUGUUCAUAAUGUUCAAAUUUGGUUCGGAGGUCAAAAGCUAUCAAUGAAGGCAUUGGUAAAGAAUCUUGGUGACCAAUUGAAUGUUCCUGUGGAAGAUUUGGAAAACUUGGAUCUGGCAAAGUUUGUUGAUGACGCAAUCAAAGUAGAAGCUGGAGAGUUGACAACAUUGAGAAAUGACCGUGCCUGGAUGAAUUCCAACUAUUGGCGAGCCAUUGAAAGUGGUUCAAUGCACUAUGUGGAUGAUGAUGACCUAGUGACAUUACAAUCCAACCUGUCAUGCGGCUCCCAGCAAAUGCUCAUAAGAGUUCCUUACUCUAGAUCUUCGGAUUCAAGAAUGAUUACUGUAAAUCAUGAACCUCUCACUGAAAGUUCUGAUGAAAACUACAAACUACACAGUGUAAAUGAGGAAUAUGAAUCUGUUGAAGCACAGUACGCAGAUAUAGAAGCUUCUGUUACAGAUAGACCCCUAGUAAGCCAGAACGAAGGUCCACGAAAAACCUCUCAAUGCAUAGAACUACAAAAACUUUUGAAAGCAUUGAACGAUUUGAAUAAUGAAGUUGUGUCUCAAGAUGGUCGAUGGAGUGAAGAGGCGCGGCGACGGUACUUAGAAUAUCAAAGGAUAUGGAGUCGAUUCAGGACUCCGAAGCAUCAAUAA